AGGCAGAGACACACAGAGGCCGAGACCGGGAGAAACAAAGCUAGGCCGAGCGGGGUCCAGGCGGCGGCGGCGCACUGGGGCGGUAGCCUCCGGAGCAGCCUCCAUCCUGGCCCCACGCGUGUCACCUCUCCCACCACUGCGCGGGGCGCCUCCAACCGCUUGGUUCCCGGCUGGGUCCAGCCCCGCCCCAUCGCCCUCCCGCGACUUAACCCUCGCCUGCCCGCCUGCGGCUGCGACUGCCCAGCGGGGCCAGGGGCGGCGAGCCGACGCUGGUCCUGGUCUCGUCCCACUCGGCGGGGGCGCGCGACGCCAGGAGCUGGCCGUGGUGCUGAGCGCGCGCCUCGCAUUGGGGCGCGGCUCCCUGCCCUGUUAAAGCCGCGUCUUGCGACACCCUGAGCUCCAGCGCAGCUAAGGGCACUGGCAGCAUGGAGUUGAAGAGAGGAAAGACUUUCAUCAAAUCCAGCCCGCACAUUUCCCAUGAGAAACCCCCAGGGCCAGCAGCCACUGCCUCAGCCAAGGAGGAUGUAGCCCCCUGGUCAGUCUCGCUGGGAGGGCAGCAGCCGCCCCACAGUGAGAGGGGCCCCCAAGUCACUCCCAGCACCCAAGGAUAUAACAAAUGCUCCAAUAAGGGGGUGCAGCCAGAGCCUGAGGAGGGUGCCACAGCCCUCUGUGGGGCCACCUUCAAACUAGCACGAAAGAGUAAGACCCACAACAACAUGCCCGGGACUGACAGGGUGGCUGCAGCUGCAGGAAAACUGGUGGGCAGCGUGAGCUUUCCAGGGCCCUCUGGCAGCCAGCACAUGAUCGAUUACCGCCACUUUGUGCCCCAGAUGCCCUUCGUGCCCGCCGUGGCCAAGAGCAUCCCAAGGAAGAGGAUUUCCCUGAAAAGACCAAAGAAGUGCUUUCGGAACCUAUUCCACAUUCGCAGAAACAAAGCUGAGAACUUGGCUUCGCUGGCGACCGAUGGGAAGAGCCUGUCCUCCCCCAGGAGCCCCUCAGAGGCUGCAGGGCAGCUGGGCAAAGCCUUUUUCCCUUUGGGCGAGGGACCAGGGCUGGACGGCUUGUGCCAGGACCUAUCUGAUAGCGAGCUCCUUCCCGACUCUUCCUUUGACCUCUGCAGGGCCCUGUGUGAGGACGUGGCCUCGCUCAAGAGCUUUGACUCACUCACAGGCUGUGGGGAGAUUUUUGCAGAUGAGAGCUCAGUGCCAUCCUUGGAGCUGAAUGAGGGCGUGGAGAGCCCAGCCCGGGCAUCGCAGGCCCUUGAGAGCAAGGUUCGCUCCUCCCAGGACAGCGCAGAGCAGCUGGUGUCUCCUGCCCAGAAUGAAAUGUCUGACUUUGCCAGGUUCUGGGACAGUGUGAAUCAGUCUGUGAGGCAACAGCAGCGCGCCCUACUGGGCCCAUGGGUGGGGGGUCCUCAGGGAACACACACAGCCCAGCCCAGGCUGGAUUCAGCUGGGCUUGCUGAGCUCCCUCUGUGCCCCUGCAGGGACCCUCCCUGCGGCUCCAAAGCCAGCUCCAUAGACACAGGCACCCCCAAGAGUGAGCAGCCGGAGUCUGUGUCCACGAGUGAUGAGGGCUACUAUGAUGCCUUCUCACCUGGCCUUGAGGAGGACAGGAAGGAGGCCCUGAGCCCAGGCACCCCGGCAGCCUCCUUCCCUCGUGACAGCUAUAGUGGAGAUGCCCUCUAUGAGCUUUUCUACGACCCUGGUGAGGGCCCUGUUGGCCCAGACCUGGAUGAUGAUCUGUGCGUGUCUGAGAGUCUGUCAGGGCCAGCACUGGGGGCACCACUGUCCAUGUGCAGUUUCCAUGUGGGGGCAGAGGAGAACUUGGCUUCAGCACCAGGCCCUGACCUGCUCAGCCAGGGCUUCUUGCAGAGCUCCUGGAAAGGCAAGGACUGUUUGCUGAAGCUCUGUGACACGGAGCUUGCUGUCACCAUGGGUGUUAUCAACUGGCUCCGCCGAGGCCCUGAGCUCCGAGCCCCGCCCGCCCCAGUCCCUGGGGAGCCUACAACCUCACCCAGAGGACUGGUGGAGAAGCUGGGAGCUGGCUCUGAGCAGAAAUGCCCUGGUCCAGGGAAGCUAGAGGGCAGGGGAGCCCAGACCUCAGAUGCAGGUGGGAUCACAGUGGGCUCAGCACCCAGCAGGCAGGAGUUGCGGGUGCGUUCAGGUACCAAGGGUCUGCUUGCUGGAGAGAGUGAGGUCCUAGCAGGGGCCAAGCAGGGGACCAGCUCUCUGCCCAAGGACCCAUCUCUGAAGAGUAUGCAGGUCUCUGGGGAAGAAGGGACACGAAACUGCCAUGAAGGCUUGUUCUCCUUGGUGGGGUCUGCAGCCUCUGUGAUGACAGACACUUUCAGCAAAAACAAGGCCCCAAACCCCUCUGCAUGGCCUCACGCCCAGGAACCCAGGCCACCUGGAAACGUGGAGUGUCUCCAAGAUCCCUGGAGACCAAGUCUUAGGGGGAGCGCCCUGGAUGCAGAGUCCUCCCUGACUAGCUCUGUGGCCCAGGUUGCAGCCCUGCCAAUCCACCCAGACGGCCAGCCCCACGCUGCACAGCCCUUCAGGCAGGACACAGGCAGCAGGCUCUGCAAGCAACCUCAGGCCAGGGGCCUUGAUAUUCUGCAGCAGAAACAGCCUAACAGCUUCUCUAGAGUGGCUGCCAUCUGCGGCCUGCCCUCCUUGGCCAGGCCAUUCCACAGCCCACAGGAUCAGCGGUGCCCAGGCCUUGUCCUGGACCUGAGCCGGCUCAGGGUGGAGUCCACCAGGCUGGAUGCCCAGGUCUGUGCCUCCGUAGAGAACCAGCCUCCGCAGCUCAGCUCAAGGGCCAGGGAGCAGGCGGCACUCAGGGAUCAGCUGGACUUGUAGUACCCUUCAGCCCUGCUGCUCAGCUGAUCCCCUGCGGCCACCUGCCAGGAAUCGUGGGCCUCAUUUCUAACAGCCAGUGUGAGGAGGUCCCCUCUGCAAGUGCCCCAGAAAGCUGCUGCAGGUUCCUGGUCCAUGAGGGCUUCGUCUGCAACCAGCCAGAAGUGGGGUGGGGAGCUCCCAGGCCAACCAGGGCAGAGCCGCCCCACCUGUAGGAUGGGCUUGCACUCCCCAAGAGCUGCUCUUUGUGGCGAUGUUCAGGAGAAGCUAAGACCCACAUCUCCGUGUGUGUCCCUGAGGUGAGGACUGUGUUGGGGUGGGCAGGGGGCAGCAGAACCCAGGCACGUGGGGCAGGGCGUUUCACUGCGGGGGCAUCCACGCCUGAACCCAUGAGCGCAGCCAGACCAGGUACCGAUGGCCUAAGCCCAAGGACAACUGGGAAGCUCCAGUACUCUCAAAGAGUGCCUCACUGAUUUCCCCACAAGGAAAUCAAGAGUCUGGUCCCAGUGUUGGCUGUGAAGUGGCCACACCUGGGUGCUCCUCGUACAGCAUGCCAGAGAGGAGCUCAACCUCGACACUGAUGGGAAGGAAACAGUACAUAUUGUAAACAGGAAAGCGAGUGAGCCAAUAAGUCUACAUAGGGGUUGAGAAUAACGAAAGUGUGAGUGUGGCGUCCAAGGCUCAGGGGUGAGACACUGAGAGUGGGUGACAGAUUGGAUGGGGAGCUGCAGGUGAGCUUAGAAGGGUUUGUUGGCCCCACCGCCACCUGUGCUCCACCCCCAGAACAAGCAGCAACGAUGUACUGGGAGCCCCAAAGGGCUUCCCCACAGGAAUAAGAAGCAGGACCAGCCCCAUCUCAGCAAAAGCCUUGAAUCAGCAGAGGCCAUGUGUUACUGUGCAACCCGCUCCUGGCCGACAGAUGUUGGUGAAUUCUCUGUCAUAAAUCAUCCCCUGCAAACAAUAAUUCCCCCAAUUUACACUCUAACGGAGCCAUGGACAGCAAAAUGUUCUUUGGGAAGAACUGACUGAUUCUGCUAUUCGCACCCUCUAUACUGUCAGCAUCCCUGCCUCCCCCUUCAAGAAAACUUACCUUGAAGGGGCUGGUCUCAUCCCUCCAUAGCCACAACACAUGCGCAGCACCAAACAUUCAGAAUUGUGAUGGGAAAAAGUGGCCCAUACCCUCAGGAAGGGCAAGCAUCCAUUCUGGCCAGUGUCGGGACAGGAGGUGGAGCAACAGACUGCCUGUCAAGGUCCUCUGUGAUGACACACUACAGUGAGACGUGAAGGCUGGGAUGCCACAGGCAGCCUAUGAAACUCUCUCUACAGGAAAGGUCAGCAGCAAAGGGGUAGGUGAGGGGACGGGAAGGGGACUGCACACUGAGGGAUGCCGCCUGACAGCUGGGCCCAGCCUGGUGUCUCUCCUGCCUGUCUCAGGCGCUGUUUCAGGUGAGAAAAUGCUCCACAGCCCCGAGUUACAACUGCUUGCUGGGGUCGACUGUGUGCAUGACACAGGUAGCCCCUGUAGGUGCAAAAGCUUGUGGCAAGGCCCCUGAGCAGGCCCGUCCAAACCUGGACACAGAAGAAAGUCAGGGCCAGCCUUCCUGGGAAGCUACACUUGAUCCCUCCUCUCAGGCCCGCCACAGAUGACUCCUGCAGUUUGCUGAGCACAGCUGGGGGCAGGUGGCACACAGCAUUUCUCGCCUCAUCCCUGCACCAGCCUGAGUGCAGCUGUCACCCUCAUUGCUCAGAUGUAGAGAUUGAGGACAGUGCUGAUGUGACUUGCCCCGGGAUGCCCAUGGUGAGUGAGGGGGGUCGAUGGGGUUUGAGACCCACCCGUGACUCCACAGGCUCAGCACUGCACCAGGCUCUAGCAUUUCUUUUGCUGACUUCCUGCAGUGAACACUUCCCCCAAAACCUUCAUUGCCCCCUUCUUCAAGGGCACAGAUGUCUGAGCACCCUCUGGGUGCCAACCUUGUUUCUACCUGAAAGCAGGCUUAAAACCCCCGGGGGUAAGGGGCACCCCUCACUUGAUCACAGACCUGUAACUUUGUACUGCAACUGAGCAGAGCGGAUAUUCAGUAAAUACUCGUUGAAUGAAUGAAAUAUCAAAAGGUUGUGCAUGGUUUUCUGGCUUCUUAUCGACGGUGAACCUUGUGUCUAGAGAAUGUCAGAGUGAAGGUCUCCCCUUGGCAGAAGUUCCAAUGGCGUUUUCUUGAUGUGACACUGACUGGUGAUGAUGGGGAAGAAUCCAGCCAGGGCAAGAGCACUGCGGAGGGCAGGAGCCAAGGUGGCCCAGGCACGAUCUGGAGGGGCCUAGGGUCAGGAAGGCAGGACAAAAGGGGACCCAGGACCAUGGCAAGGCACGGUCUGCAGUGACCCAUAGCAGGUACCUACCUGGGAAGAACUGCUGGCCCAGAGGCUCGCAAUCUGGGGAGCAUCUUAGGCAAUCCUGGCACCCUGGGGAUUAACAUUCUUAGCAGUUUGGGGGGGAGGUUCCAGCAAUGGCCUGCUAGGCACCUUGUUGGGAGAAUGGAGGAAGGCAGUGCGACCUUCCUCUUGUUUUUAGUGGGUCUGAGGCUCCUUCAGCCCAUCUCUCUCUCCAAAACCCUCCCCUCAAGAUAUCCUCCUCUGCAAGAGGGGUCCAGGCAGUGCCAGUCUGACUGGGCUUUGCAGUCCUCAAGGACAUCCUCAAAGGGAACUGUGGAGCCAGCUCCUGGGACAGGCUCUUAGCCCAGUGCUGGUAGUGGAGGAGGCCUGUCUAGGGCAUUUUCAUAACUCUGGUCAUUUCUAACCCUCUCAUUCACACAUGGUAGAAGUUAUAGGUUUUGUACUGUGUAAAGUGAAUCCUGUGAAGUAGGUCGAGUUGUCCUCAGCUCACAGCUGUCCCACAGAGCCUAAGUGGGUACCACAGUGGUAAGUUGGGGGCUGUGGUUCACCCUGGAGCCUUUGUGUUACGUGCCUUCCAACCUUCCAGGGUUGUGCUGGGAACUAGGAGAUGCUGGGUGGGAGCCGGGCAGCCCCCAGCCUGCUCUACAUGGUGGGGCAGCCCUGGGCCCUAAAGCAGGGUGGCUGUGGGCGGGCCAGGAGCAUGAGGAAGACAGCGUAAGGGAGGUACCGAAAAAGGGGUGAGGCCAGACAUGCUGGGGAAGAGAGUAUGAACCACAUUGGGGGGUGCUGCUUACCUUACCUGGUUUCUUAUUUUAUUUAUCUAUUAUAUUUUUUAAUGGACUAGAGAUGCAAAACUCAAAAGGCACAGAAAGGAAAACAAUGAAAACUGAGUCUCCUUUCCUCCUUCACCCCCUGUUGUUUUGAUGAUAAAAUUAAUAUCCAUUUUGUACCACCAAUCCCAACACUGUGAGGGGCUCAGCUUUUCCUCCUUGUCCUUGAGUACUGGAUGUGCCCUCCGACCCUUCCUAUGUUUCUGACACAG